AUGGCAUUUUACAUCCGAAUACAGCUUAGGCGACCUUCCACAUCUAUUCGAUGUCUCAUCCGUAAAUCUACUGUACAUUUACAGACAUCCCAAUCUGAAUUCCUGGAAGAGAGAAAUGAUGGAAAUAGGAUCACAAAUGUGUAAAAGGGUUUAGAGGCCGUUGACCACAGCGCACUUGACCCUGAUCUCGCCCUCGUUCCCUGUCAGCACGUCGAUGGCACCCAUCCGCACCAUGGCGGCCGCGUACUUCUUCGCCCAGCCGUUGGGCUUCUCGGCGAACGACGCCACCUUAUCCGCCGUCAGAGAGCUGGUCCACAGCGUCUGGUCGGAGGUGAAGAGCCCCCUCCCCCUCUGCAGGUUUCUGUAG